AUGCCUGCCGAAGCUACAGUCCAAGCGGACGUUGGUCCCGGUGAUGAGACCGGCAUCUACUACAUUACCAUUUGCAACUUACCAUUCGCAACUUCGUGGCAGGAGUUGAAAGAUUGGACACGUACAGCAUGCGUCGUGGACCAUAUCGAGGUCUUCCAGAGCAGCACCUCAGGAUGGGUCCGGGUUCGGGGAAGAGAGAACUUUGAAAGGGCAUGGGCACUUCUCAACGGCGGUGUUUUCAAAGGUCGCUCGAUCAUUGCGUCCGACAGAAACCGUAAGCAUUCUAUCAAGAUCAAGGAGCUUGCUGCACCACCGCAAGCCGUCAUUUCACAGACACUGCAGUAUCAAGCCACACCUCCCAGCCCCUAUGUUCUGCCAACUCAGAUGGCAAUGCCUCCGCAGUAUUCUGCUGCACCUAGACAGUACUACAUAGCUAGUUACCCUCCGGCCAACAGCUCCCGAUUCACUACUCAGUCUUUCUCGAACCCAAGUUACUCCGAGCAGCUACCAAUCACAGUAGCCACAAACACGCCAGCGACUUACGCGGCUGCCAGCCCGGGGAGCUACUACACAUACAAUGAUACCGGUACUCAGUUGUCUGCCCCAAAACCAGGCGCAGUCUCGUACUCUCCACAAUAUCAACAUGGAGUAAGCCAGCUUGCUCUUCCUUAUCGCGGUAUUAGUGAGAAUCCAGGGUACUACCCGAACUGUAGCUUCUCCAGCGGCGAGGCAUCCUAUAGGUCGGAAUACGUGGUACCGGAAACACGCAAGCUAUGUGUGUCGCCAUUCCCGCAACAAGCGGAGGCCGAUGAAGUCAAAUCUUGGGUUCAGCGCAAAGUGGACAAUGACAAGAUCGAAUCCAUCGAGAUACCCAAGAACAGUGACAGCAAUUACCUUAGGGGCUACAUCAUGGUCCUUUUUGAAAACGUCGCGGCCGCAAAUAUUGCGAUGGAGCAGCUGAACAAAGCACGUUUCCAAGGCAGAAGAAUGGUAGCGCGACCCACUCGUGAGGAUGCAGAGGUGGAAGAGCUUGGGGAGCCCAUGGUUUCGCAUGAAUCGUCAAAUUGGGCCGACCCUGAGAGGAGCGAGGCGAAUGUACCAACUUCUCCAUCCCGCAGGAGACAUGAUGGCCGAAGACGGAACGAGAAGCCCCAAAGGUCAAAGAAGAAGGGGACCAAGUCAAAGGGAUUUAACAAAAGGAAGGCAACGGAAAAGAAGUCGUCUUCGAGCAGGAAAUCUUCAGGGUCGCAAGUGGACAAGAAGUUGCCAUCGAAAAAGGCAUCCGCUAAGAAGGAGGAGACCAGCGUCAAGGAUGAAAAGCCGGUCAUCGUUGAUGGAACCUCCUAUUAUCAUGACAAGCAUUGA